AUGUAUGUUAAUCGAAGCGGCAAACGAUUACCCCACAUGUUGCCCAAAAUCGGGUUUAUUGUCUCGUAUGCCCUUUUGCCGUAUGUAGUGAGCCGGUUAGUCAAAAGGUGGAGAGCUGGCAAAGAGGGAGACGAACCCUGGUAUGUUACGACGUUUUUGUCGUCCUACACCAAAAUACUCGAUGUGCUCAUGAAUCUUCAUAUUGCCGUGUUUUAUUUUCUGGGUGAAUAUUAUUCGCUUUCUAAGCGUAUAUUUGGAAUGCGGUACGUUUUCGGUCAUAAUAAAGACCCUAAGAAGCUCAAACAAGCUACAGGCAGUUACGGUUUAUUGGGUGCAGUGAUCUUGCUUCAGUUUGCGGUAAAGGGACUUCUCAAUCUCAAGACUCACCUCAACAAGAAAAAAACUUCUGAGAAAGUUGACCAAUCUGGAUCCGAUACACUCAUCUCAAAUAUUGGCCAAUUGGAAAAAAUCGGAGAAAAAGUGAACAAUGACGAAAAUCUCUACAAAUCUAUGAACAUUGACCUUUCUGACCCCACGCAGCUCCCUUAUAUACCGGAAAACACCCGCGCCUGCAUGCUUUGUUUGUCGCCAAUGACGAAUCCAGCCGCGGCCAAUUGCGGCCAUUUUUUCUGCUGGAUCUGCAUCGUGGAUUGGAUUCGCGACCACCCGGAAUGCCCGUUGUGUCGGCAGCACUGCGAUGAACAAAACCUCUUACCGUUACGAUAA